UCUGUGGAUGUUAUUGUGUUUUAUUGGUGCUGCUGGGUUUUUUGUUGUUGUCGUACCCUUCAGUGACAAUGCCGUUGAACGCGCUGCCCCGCGGCGGCAGCAGCAGCAUCGGCGGCCCGGGGUCCCUGAGCCCGGCGUCGCUGUCCCGCAGCCUGUCCCGGCUGCGGGAGUACCGGACCCGGACGAGGAUCAUGCUGGCUCUGGGAGUCUCUCAGAUGGUCCUGGGAAGUCUCAUCCUGGCCGUCAGCUUCGCGGCUUUGGCUCUCACCACAUCACCCAGAGUCCGGCACUCCUGUCCCUUCUGGGCAGGUUUCUCUGUGCUGCUCUCGGGACUGAUCGGAGUGGUGUCAUGGAAGAGGCCGCUCUCUCUUGUGAUCACAUUCUUCAUGCUGCUGUCAGCAGUGUGCGUGAUGCUCAACCUGGCGGGCUCCAUCCUCUCCUGCCAGAACGCUCAGCUGGUCAACUCCCUGGAAGACUGUCAGCUGUGUGGAUGUGUGUUCCCCCCUCCUCCCCCCCAGCUCAAGUUUGACAGCGAUGGAGUGUGUGUGUGCUGCGAGCUACAGCAGCAGAGUUCAAGCUGCAACAACCUGGGAGAGACGCUGAAACUGAAUCCACUGAGGGACUGCAACACCAUACGCCUACGUCUCAAGGAGCUGCUGUUCAGCGUAUGUGCCCUUAAUGUCAUCUCCACCAUUGUGUGUGCUCUAGCCACUGCCAUGUGCUGUAUGCAGAUGGUCUCAACUGAUGUGCUGCAGAUGUUUAUGCCGCACAGAGCGCGAGCUCUAAAUGCUGACUGUAUGACCCCCCAUGGAACCAUCCUCCACCAAACUUUGGACUUUGAUGAGUUUAUUCCUCCCAUCCCCCCUCCACCAUAUUACCCCCCAGAGUAUACCUGCACCCCCUCAAUGGAUGGACAGAGAGGCCUGCACCUGGACUUUCCCCACUCUCCGUUCAGUGCCAUCUAUGGGGUGCCAAUCAACAGCCCAGGAACACUGUACCCAACGGACCUGCCUCCUCCCUAUGAGUCUGUAGUGGGGCAGACCCCUGCCAGCCAGGUCACCACCAGCAUAGAGCAACAGGCGACUGAAUCCAGUCUGUGUGAGAGAAACACUACUGCGGGACUCAGCACUCAGGCAUCCGUUGACAGCGCGUCACUAAUGGUGUCCGAGGUGGCUGAUCAGGACCAGACUUGCUCUUCAGAGGACUUGUGCUCCCUGGAGGUCCAGGGCUCUGACUCCUCUCCCUAUGGCACGCCCCACACUGCCCCCAUCGAUGGAAGCUGCAACAGCCUGGAACUUUGUACACGCCAUCGUGGGAUGCCUAGCAGGGACAAUCGCCCCAGUGAUACAGGAUACAGUGAGUCCUCACAGACCCAGGAGUCUCUUGAACGCUCUCCGGACUGGUCCUCAGAAAAUUAUAGCAAUCUGGACCAGGAGGAUUCCACGGAUAACACACAUCCAUGUGAGGAACUCAGGGCUUCAAUGCACAUAUGUGACGAGCUUGCAUCAGCCAAACAUUUACCAGAGGAGCCACCUAAAGCAUCAACCCACUCCCUCAUUAAAGCACGAAUGAUGAGCCGGAAGCUCACACUCCCUGUCAUGCUACCCCCGCCACCACAGCCUUGCUCCCCCACCUCUGUGGCCUCCUCUGGUGGAACUUCAGCCAUCAGCCCUUUGGCUCCUUCUCCUUCCCCUUCCCCUCCCAGCAGGCCCCGCGGUCCCAGGCUGUGCUUCAGUGUUUGGUCACCCUCCUCCACAUCACAACCCCCCUCUACCUCAGCCCAAAGUGGCCACUCGCCUUCGGAGAGGCCACGGGGGCUCCGAGCAGCUCGGAGGUACCGCAAACUGGCACGCAUCGUUCGCUCCACCAGUGACCCUAUCUCCUGCUCCUCUACGACAGGAAGAGAAAAUGGAAGUUGCGCCUCUGCGAAUAACCCUGCUGCUGAAGACUCAACAAAUACAUCACCAGAACAAGAGCCAACAGAUGUGGUUGGAGCUAAACCCAGUCACACAUCUGUUAGGAAGCAGCAAAAAGAGGGCAGGAAAGUUGACAUCCACCUUAAACCACGAGCCCUGCACACACACUCCUCCCACGAACGUCCGCACUCCCUGGCUGACCUUAAGAUGUACAAAGACACCAAAAUACUGGUGGCCAAGUUCCUGGAGCAUUCAAGCUGCAGUCUACCUCCUGAAGUCCAGCAGGUUGUCAACAACAUCAAGUGUGUCAUCAAGUCUGAUGAGAAACACAUGGAGGAGGCCAUUUUUAGUGCCAAUGUCAUAGAUCAGGUGAUGACCCAGCGCAUCAUUGGCAGUCCCAGGAAGCGUGGCCAUGAGGAUCUCCACCUUCAGAGCUGCGGUGCUUUGAGUUCGUCCCCUUCCAUGCGCCGUCCAAAGGACCUCUUACAAACAACCAGCGCCUCCACCAACCCACUGGACUCCCCCUCCUCUGAACAAAGCCUUGAGUGCAAAGAAACUAUUCUCUGACCACUCUCCCAACAAAGACUUGGAUCAAAACUCUGAGGGCAUUUCAGGCUGCUGGUGUUGCAGCCACGCUGUGCUGUGCAGCAGAUGUCUGUAGAGUCAUUAAUAACUCCUCCAACAUUGAAAGAUGAUUUAUUUUCACAGUGUGACUGCAGCACAGGCAAACUCAAAUGGUCUGUAUCUCCUAGUGCCCUGUGAGACCGUGCCAAGUCAUCAGCAGAAAUGGUAGCAAACUCAGACUGAGCCUGCCAGUGUCUGUAGUGGCUUCUUUCUCAUCCGAAAAACAAAAGAAUGUCUCUCCCUCAGGGGAUCUUUUCUACUGAGUUUCAUCUCUUAAAAAAGAAACAAAUACUCAGCUGGUUAGUUUGGAUCUGGGACUGAAAGACAAAGGAGAUUGUGUUCACAUCAGUAUUCCUCUUGUCCUCAUAAGAAACAGGAAGAAAUAUGUUUGUAUUAAACUGUGAACUGAACAGACUGGGCAUUACGAGCCAUUGUUUGCAGACUUUGUGGAACUGUUACUGAUAGGGUGGUGAAUAUUUUGUGGUGCCGCUGGUUUAAGA